ACGCUAACAACAACAACAGAGGCAAACACGCUUCACCCUCCUCGUUUUUAACAAACUCACCUCGUUAAUGUGACCAUGUUAAGUUAUACUUUUACUGUGGAUCCAGUCUGCGGUCUGGUUUGACUCCCCACCGAGGAAAAGGAGGUGUUUCCCCUCGUUUGAAGCUACUUUGCUCGGGGAGCCAGGUUAGCUACAGGAGCUAAUGUUACACUGACUUCAGGUGGAUUGAUAUUAAAUGAUCGAACUAAGAAACGAUGCCUCGCAUGCAGUCCGGUGUGUGGAGGCAUUUUACUCCGGCCAUUAAAGAUGGCAGGGAAACCUUCAUGUGCAACUACUGUGCCAGGACGUACACGAAGAACGCCACCAAGAUGCAGAUGCAUUUGGACAAAUGCAAGGGGUACUGUGUGGUUUCACAGCAGUCACCGGAGCCUGAUGGGAGCUCUGCUGCUGCCUCCAUCCCUGUUCCCUCCUUCCCAUUCUUACCAUCUGCCGAUCCGGGGGGAGAGUUCCUCAUUGAUUCAGUGGAUCAGCGCAGCCAGGCAUAUGCUGAUGAGUGUCUGGCUCGAGCUGCGUACGCCACGUCCUCGCCCCUCAGUCUCACAGACAAUGUUUAUUGGAAACGAUUUUUCAGUGUCCUGCGGCCGGCUUACUGUCCGCCCACUGCAGCGGCUCUGUCCUCUCAUCUGUUGGACUGCGAGUAUGACCGAGUGCAAAACCAGGUUCACGACGCGAUAGGGAAAGCCGACUGUGUCACAGUCAUCUGCAGCGGCUGGUCCAACACUAAAGAGACCAGAACUAUCGUCUAUGUUGUGGCCACUCCUGUACCGCUGCUCUAUAAAUGCACAAACAUGAAAGAGCAGUCACAUGCAAGCGCUUCUAUUGCUGAGGAACUGAAAGAAAUCAUAAACGAGGUGGGACCUCAAAAGGUCUCUGCUGUCGUGACGGAUGACGCCCCGGAAAUGAUGGCCGCCUGGGCUCAAGUGGAGGAAGCUUUCCCACACGUGUCAGCUAUUGGCUGCACAGCGUUUGGCAUCCAGCAGCUCUUUGGCGACAUCGUGGAACAGCCGUCUAUUAAAGCAUUGUGCAGGAGAGCUGAGCAGGUGGGGAGGUAUGUUAGAGAACAGAAAUUAUCAGCAGAGACUUUUAGCGUGCUCAGCAUGUUCAGCAGCCUCCUGGAGGAUCAGACAUUUCUGCAGAAGAUGGCCGUCUCACCCUCACUUCACAUUGAAGCAUCAAUCAGGGCUACCUUACAGGAUCCUGCCUUUUGGAAAGGGCUGAUCAGCAGUCAAAACCUGCUGUACACGAUCUGGAAUUCUAUCGAUUACAUGAAACGAGACGACACUGUGCUCUCUGGUGUUGUUGACAUGUUCAGUCAGUUGAGAUGCCACAUUGGAGCCACUCUGUCUGGGUCCGUGCUGCACGGCACGGAACAGAAAGCUGUCUUGGCAUCAUUAGACAGAUGGCAGGAGUUCUGCGUAAAGCCCAUCCAUGCUGCAGCGUACAUGCUGGAUCCCAAGUAUGCUGGACAGCAGACACUCUCCGGGGAGCAGAUUAACAGUGCUUACUACGUGAUAUCCAACCUGUCACGCCAUCUAAAUCUAGAUGAGGGCAAAGUGCUCGCCAGCUUCGCCAGGUUCUCGGCCAAAGAGGGACUAUGGAAAGGGACGGUGAUAUGGAGCUCAUGCCAGCACGUGUCUGCAUCCACCUGGUGGAAGGGGCUGUGUUCCUCUGAGCCGCUGUCAGCCGUGGCCUCGGCUAUACUUCAGAUCCCGCCGACUACAGGAGCUUGUGAAAGCCUGCGGUCGCGGUUUGGAAGUACAAAGGAGGAAGCUUCUCUCUCAGCUGACAGGGUGCACAAACUGGUAGCAGUGCAAGUGAAUCUCAACCUUUUGGAUCCAAGUGAGUGUGAGUACACGCCGCUGGACAGUGAGGAAGAGAAGAAAGUUUUAUUUGAGUCUGAGACUCAGUAGGGAUUUUGGAUUCAUCAGCCAAAAUAUGUUUUUUAAAACUAGAACAGUCUGCACACAGGACCCGACCUCAUGAAUCCAAUCAAGCAGCACAAAACUAUACAAAGUCAUUCAUACACUAAAUGUGACGGAUCUAGAUCUCUGUAUUAUUUCCUGGGAAGAUGACGAGAACGGCAAACAGAUCAAUGAAUGAGUUCUUUCCUGACUUGUUCCACAUCAUUCCACAGAUAUUUGUGGUAAUGUGUAGUUUGUGUGAAAUGCUGCAAAAUAAAAUUUGCGGCAAAAAAACCCCACUUUAAUAUCACUGAGGCUUGAUCAUUUAUAGUUUAACUAUAAACUUUAGCAUUCCGUACACUUUUCUUGUAAAUGCACAUCAUUUCUGCGUUGUUUAUUCUUUCAAAUGGAAGUUUUGGUUUCUGCAAAUAUAAACACAGACAGAGAUUUGCUGUGAAAGGGCCACAUCGGCUGAUUUACAUCACCCAACCAAUGAAAGAGUUGGGCUCUGAUAGUAUCACACAGAUCAUUUGUUACAGACAGCAAAUGAAUGAUUUCAUUGUUGUGUUAGUCUGAACUUUCUCAACUAUGAUUUCAAUGUUAUCACUUUAUGGAGUGACUGUAUGAGAAGCUUUGAUUUGGGUUUGGAUCCCAUACAAUGCAAACUCAUGUUGUUAGUUUUUAACUUGUAUUAACUUCAUAAUCCCAACAUGUAAUGCUAGCUGACUGAGUAAUGGUUCAGGGUAAAGGACAGAAUGAAGACUGAGAAGUCAGCUGAGGUCAGCGCUGGUAACUGAGAGGUAACUUGAUCUGUCUCUGACUCAGCUGGACGGUCAUUUGUCCCUCGCCCUGCACCAUAGAACAAUAAAUACAGAUUGAUUCUUCUCUUUUAAGUAAAUAAAAUGAUUGUAUUUAAUGAAGUUGUGUUUGCUCUGAGUUAAAGACUUUCCCCCACCAUAAAAAAGGUUUUUACAGAAUUUAUCAAAUAAACUUGGAACUUAA